AUGGCUCCUAGUAAAGGAUGGAUGGAUCUUGUUGGUGAUCGUCUUAAUGAUGUAUAUUUACGUGGGGUUGAGGAAUUUUUAGACUAUGCUUUUAAGAAGACUGGGAGGCGUGGGGAAAUACGUUGUCCAUGUGUCAAGUGUAGUAACACGUAUUCCACCACACGAGAAGUGGUAGGGACACAUCUCAAGGUGUAUGGAAUAAUACGUAAUUAUACAUUUUGGUAUCACCAUGGAGAAAGGGUAGGUGAAUCUGAAUCUGAAUCUAAUUUAGAAAGUGUUGAACAAAGUGAAGAUGAGCCUAGCAAUGAGAUGCAUGACAUUUUAAGGGAUUUAUAUCCAGAGUUUUGUGGUCAAGAUACAAAUGAUAUGGAUAUGGAUAUCUUCGCUUGUGAUAUUCAUAAAGAGGAAUCGAAUGAGGAAGCGAAUAAAUUCUAUAGGUUACUAAGAGAUUUUGAGCAACCAUUAUACCAAGAUGAAUUAUUACCUCAAGGAUCUAAUUUGCCACAAUCGUAUUAUGAUGCAAAGAAAGUAAUUCAAGAUCUUGGUCUCUCAUACAAAAAAAUUGAUGCAUGUGUAAAUAAUUGCAUGUUAUAUUGGAAAGAGGAUGAGAGGCUAGAUUUUUGUAAGAUUUGCGGCUAUUCUAGAUGGAAGACUGAUAAAUAUAAUGGGGAAGACAAGGUUAAAACCAAUGGGAAGAGAAUACCAAAAAAAAUUCUGCGUUACUUUCCACUAAAGCCAAGACUUCAAAGAUUGUUUAUGUCCACAAAGACAGCGUCUUUGAUGAGAUGGCAUAAAGAUAAGAGGGUAGAUGAUGGAGUGAUGAGACACCCUGCUGAUUCAAUGGCAUGGAUUUCCUUUGACAAACUACAUCCAAAUUUUGCCUCAGACUCUCGCAAUGUGAGACUAGGCCUUGCUAGUGAUGGAUUUCAACCUUUUGCCAAUUCAAAAAUGCCAUAUAGUGUUUGGCCAGUUUUACUCAUUCCAUACAAUUUGCCACCUUGGAUGUGCAUGAAACAAUCAAAUUUUAUUUUAUCAAUGCUUAUUCCAGGUCCUGAGGGUCCCGGAGAUGCAAUUGAUAUCUAUCUUCAACCUUUAGUAGAAGAACUAAGAGAGUUAUGGGAAACUGGCAUUGAUACAUUUGAUGCAUAUGCACAACAGAAUUUCAAGUUACAUGCAGUUUUACUAUGGACUAUCAAUGAUUUCCCUGCAUAUGCGAACUUAUCAGGUUGGAGUACUAAGGGAAAGUUGGCUUGUCCUUGUUGUAAUAAGGACACCUGUUGGAUGAGGUUGGCUAAUGGAGGCAAGCAAUGUUAUAUGGGUCAUCGACGAUAUCUUCCUCUUAAUCACAAAUGGAGAAAUGAUAACGAAUCUUUUGAUGGCACAAGGGAGCGAGGGUUACCACCCAAGCCACUUUCAGGAGAUGAUAUACUUGAUCAAGUAGAACUUAAGCAACUUCCUUCUCAGCUCAGGUAUGAAUUUCUUGGCACUAAUAACACUUAUCCAGUAAUUGUAAAUGCAAAAAUUAAUUCCCACCAGAACAAUGGGUAUUCAGGAUUUUUUCAAAUCCCUAUCCAUCCAAAUGAUCAAGAGAAAACCACUUUUACUUGUCCAUAUGGAACCUUUGCUUAUAGGAGGAUGCCAUUUGGGUUGUGUAAUGCACCAGCCACUUUUCAAAGGUGCAUGAUGGCAAUCUUCUCAGAUUUCAUUGAAGAUAUAAUGGAGGUUUUUAUGGAUGACUUUUCUGUUUAUGGAUCUUCAUUUGACAUAUGCUUGGCUAACCUUUCUAAAGUUUUGCAGCGAUAUCAUGCUGCUAUCAAGUAUUUACUCCGUAAAAAAGAGAAUUUGAGUUGA